CCACCGACUCUUCAUGUGUGUGCAUAUGUACCCUUCACUUAUGCAAAUGUAUCUUUAUGCAUCUAGUGAACUUCACCCAGCUCAAAGGUUCAUCAGACACACACUGGCCAUCUUUCAGUUACCCACUGUAUACAUAGAGAACUCAACCAGCUGACACAGCUGAUUCUUAGCAUGUAAUACCAUAGCUAUGCAAUAUUUUAUAAUUAGAUCUACUUCCUCUUUCUUCUUCCUUCCUCCAACAAAAUUGAUGAAGCAUCUCACAGAUGUUCUCUCUCUGACUAGAAAAAGAAAGCCUAUAUUUAAUGGGAUUUACUCCCAGGUAUAACUACAGUUACUGAUCUUCCAUUUUUUCAGGUAAAACCAAUAAACUAUAUAUGAACAUGUAAAUAUAAUCACUGCAGUGAACACUUAAGAAUUUUGAUGUUCUUAUACCAAAUGUGGUAAGAUGGAUCCUUCCAAAGUCCUGAAUUUGUCACUUAAUGAAAAAGUAUACAGGAGCUACCAAAAUGAAACCAGAAGAAUCUUCUCAGAAAUGCAAAAUACUACAGACUGUGUCACUGCAGACGAAUCACUGACUUUGGCUUUACUAAUUUCAUAUUCUGUCAUCUUUGUUACUGGAUUGGUUGGCAAUGUUAUUGCCUUAUAUGUUUUUCUGUGCGUUCAUUUCAAGAAGAAUUCUAUCCAGAUAUAUUUACUUAAUGUUGCUAUUGCUGACCUUCUGCUGAUCGUUUGUCUCCCUUUCCGAAUAUUUUAUCACAUUUCCCAAAACACAUGGCUGUUGGGCUUGACUUUAUGCAAAAUUGUGGGAACCCUAUUUUAUAUGAACAUGUACACCAGCAUAAUACUGCUAGGGCUGAUUAGCUUGGACCGUUAUAUAAAAAUUAACAGAUCAGUUCGACAUCCUAAACUGUUAACAGCAAAGCAAAGCAUAUAUAUUUGUUGUAUACUAUGGGUGGUUGCAAUUUCGGGAUUUAUACUGAUGGUUGUUCAGGCUACCAUGAAGGAAGAUAAAAACUCUACAAUGUGUUUUCAUUACAGAGAAAAACAAGAUGCAAAAAUAGAAGCAGGUUUGAAUUAUAUUCUUGUUAUAAUAUUUUGGAUUAUUUUCAUUCUACUGCUUCUGUCAUACAUUAAAAUUGCAAAGAAUGUUCUGAAAAUUUCCAAAAGAAGAACAAGUAUUCCAAAUACUGGAAAGUAUGUUAUCAUAGCAAGAAAUUCUUUUAUAGUGCUUAUCAUUUUUACAUUAUGUUUCGUUCCUUAUCAUUUUUUCCGAUUUAUUUAUAUCAGCUCACAACUACAAAACACAUCCUGUUACUGGAAACAGAUCAUUCAUAAAUGCAAUGAAACUAUGUUAGUCUUCUCAUCCCUCAACAGCUGUUUAGAUCCAGUUAUGUAUUUCUUAAUGUCAAGAAGGAUCCGUAAAACUGUACUUCAGCUGAUUUGUAAGCGACAUUUUGCGAAUUCUAACAUGAACGACAGUACUUCAGAACCAAAACAAGGGCAUUCUCUUUAGGAAAACCCAAGCCUUCAGAAUGCAUGAAUUAACAGCAUAGGCCUUUGCAUGAAUAUAUGGAAACAAGUCCAUUGAUUUUCAUGUUGCUUACCCUGUGGCAAGUAGAAAUACCAUCACACCCUGAGGUUAAUUGAUCUUCUCAACUUCUACGGAAUAUCUUACAUCAGACCAGAGAAAACUGCUGAACGGUAUUUCACCAGAAAGUUAAAAAACUUUUGUUAAAAAAAAAGUCUAGUACUGCUUUUACAUAACUGGAAAGAAUUUUGAGGGGGUUGGCUGUAGAGAUAUAACUUAGAAUCACAGAAAUAGCCAGAUAUUGAUACUCACAUACGUAAUGUUUUGUAAUUUUCAAUAUAUUUUAUGUAAUUGGAAUAUUUGCUUAUAAAGCUACAUUAAGAAAACCUUUCAA